AUGUCGAUUCUCGAUGGCCGGAGCCGCGCACGCCGCCACGCUCCUCGCUGCCCCCGCGGCCCCGUCACCCGCCGCCGCAGCCGCCGUGCCGGGCUCAACGUCGCCGCCAUCGACGCGCUGUACCCCAAGUACCCGCACGUCGUCGGCCCCGGUGACGAUGGCAGCGACGGCGGCGGCCCGUGCGCCAUCUGCCUCGGCGAGUUCGCGCGCGGCGACGCGCUGCGGCGCGGUCCCGGGUGCGGGCACCGCUUCCACGCGUGCUGCGCCGAGCGGUGGCUCCAGGUGAGCGCCACCUGCCCCGUGUGCCGCGACUCGCCCGUCGCCACGCCGAUCGCGGAGGCCGUGCCCCUCGCCGCGCAUGCGCGGUGA